AUGGAAAAUCUGCCAGAGUCCGAGAAACGCGAGCUUGUCCGACAAGCGUGCCUUCAGGCGUUUGCGGACGAUUUUAUUCAGGAACUACCAGAAAAGUACGAUACCAAAGUAGGAGACAGUGGCGCACUGUUGAGUGGGGGCGAAAAGCAGCGAGUCGCUAUAGCCCGAAGCAUCAUCUCUAAUCCGCAAAUCCUUCUACUGGACGAGGCCACCUCAGCGCUAGACCCCGAAGCGGAGAGCAAAGUACAAGCCUCUUUGGACAACGUGUCUAAGAGGCGAACGACAAUUCUGAUUGCUCAUAAGCUUGCUACCGUUCAGAAGGCCGACAAGAUUGUCGUGAUGAACCGGGGGCAGGUCAUUGAGCAGGGCACUCACGAGCAAUUGCUUGCUCAAGGGGGUGCAUACUACGAGCUCGUCAAUGCACAAUCAUUAGAUACAGGAUCCAAGGACUUCCCGACACCUUCGACUACCGCCGUUUCGGCGGCUGAGGUCGUAGAAAAGCCAGCUAUCCGAGAAACCGUCGAGUCCAGACCGUCUGUGGUUGAGCACACUGACGACGAGGAAGACAAAAAGACCACAAAUGAGGAAGAAGAUAUCUCACGGAAACUUUCCUUGAUGAAGGUCCUUGGUACCAUCUUCAAACAACUCCCAACAGCAUGGCCACUCUUUUUCUUCGGCAUUGUCUCUUCCACCAUCGGCGGUGGUAUGUUUCCCGGCCAAGCCGUACUAUUCGGAUACAGUAUACCAACGCUCCAAAUACCGCCCAGUGACUACCUUGUUAGCCAAGGGAGUUUCUGGGCAUUGAUGUACUUUGUCUUUAAUCUUGGUAUCCUCGUUUGUUAUCUCGGCGUCGGUUUCUUCUGGACUAUGGCUUCCAGCCACGCAUCGCGUUUCUACCGUCGCGAGUAUCUCGACGCCAUGCUUCGUCAAGACGUGGCGUUCUUCGAUGUGCGAGGACAUGGGGCGGCGGAAAUGACAAGUCGGCUCUCCAUGCACCCCGAGGCGAUCAGGAAUAUGGUCAACACCAACAUGGCCCUGAUAAUCAUCAUCUUUGUCGACGUCAUCUCGACCUCCGUUUCGGUGGUCGUCGUCGCCGCAGGCAUGCCGACACUUUUCUGCGCCGGAUACUUUCGCUUGCGCCUCGAGAUGGCGAAUCACGAUCGCUUGAAGGAUAUGUAUCUGGAAUGUGCGCGCUUCGCGUCCGAAGCCGUGAGCUCGAUCCGUACUGUUUCCAGUUUGACGCUGGAACACAAGGUGCUUGACUCCUUCCAGUCACGCCUUGCAGAGUGCUCGCGCCGAGAAGUACGCAGCAAGAUGGUGACGAUGCUUGUUCAUGCCUUCGCUGAGAGCGUCAAUCUUGCCGUGACCAGUUUGGCAUUUUGGUAUGGAGGAGAGCUGUUGUCGCAAGGCGAAUACACUUUGCGCGAGUUCUUCAUCGCGUUCAUGUCUGUUCUUAUAGGCUCUCAGACAGCAGGUGUUCUUUUCGGAUACUCUUCUGAUGUUUCGAAAGCGCAUGCAGCAGCGAACCACAUCAUUGCCUUGCGAGACUCCAGGCCCCCAAUCACUACCUCAACUGGUAGUAAAAUCACCAUGACGGGAUGUGAAAAGGCUCCACUCAUCGAGUUCCGCAACGUCAACUUUGCGUACGCGAGCAGACCGAACCACAAUGUCCUGAAAGGCCUGAAUCUCAGCAUACAAAAAGGCCAAUCCAUCGGCAUAGUGGGGGCUUCAGGCUGUGGAAAGAGCACCAUCAUUGCCCUGCUAGAACGUUUCUAUGACGUAACAUCCGGCCAGCUUCUAGUCGGAGGUACACCACUCUCGGAGCAAGACGUGCACCAUCAUCGUUCCAACAUCGGCAUGGUAUCACAGGAUACUAUGCUCUUCCAGGGCAGCAUACGCGAGAACAUCCUCCUGGGUCUCCACGACGACGAGGAAGACGAAGCCACAGCCACCUCACGCGUAGAACGCGCAUGCCGCUCCGCAAACAUGCACGAAUUCAUCCUCAGUCUUCCCGCGGGCUACUCCACCGACGUAGGAAAUCGCGGCGUAGCGCUCAGCGGCGGGCAAAGACAGCGUCUCGCGAUUGCGCGGGCACUGAUCCGCGAGCUGGAUUUGUUGUUGUUUGAUGAAGCGACCACAUUCUAUUGA